UACUGUAACAAGGCACAAAGGAGCGUUCCAUUUAUGGAGCUAAAUAGAGUGUUUAUUACAACGUAGCUAUGACUGGAAUGUUCUCUGAGCUGCUUUGAAGUUGGAGAAUGACCACUGCACGCGUCAUUUAGUGACUGGGAGCAAUAGAACCUUCACUCAGACUGGACCGUGAAAUCCUAUGGUCUCUCUCCAAGACACGACACAUAAUGUUUAGACCAAAAAAUUAUGUGAUUAUAAAACGUUUUAUCUUGUACACUGAUGGCCCGUGUGCCAAAGUAUCGAGGGAGUGGAUUUGUUAUCAGGAGCUUUGAGGGUUAAAGUGCAAAGUGUGUGUAAGGAGCACUGCUUCAUUUGCAUCUAGCAGCUAGCAGGUUACCAACAUGACAGAUGCAAAAACUCACAGGAAGGAGUUUUUAGAAGCCAUAAGUGUUCUACAAUGGAUACUGACCUUUCUCUUCUUGGGUGUGACAUGUAUCAUCUUGAUGGUGGCGCUGAUGUUUACAUCCCUGUGGCUGCUUCCCACUCUGUCCUUCAUAUGGCUUGUGAUUGACUGGCAGACCCCUGAGAGAGAUAGCAGGAGAAAACAAUUUGUGAGGAGGUGGAAGGUGUGGGAACACUUCCGAGACUAUUUUCCGAUCAAGUUGGUGAAGACGGCUGAGCUGAGUCCAAACAAAAACUACAUCUUAGGCUGUCACCCACACGGUAUAAUGAGUAUUGGAGCCUUCGGCUGCUUCAGUGCAGACUGCUGCGGCUUCCCAGAGGCUUUUCCUGGGAUGCGGGCCUCUUUAGCCAUAUUGGCUGGGCUCUUUCGCAUCCCAUUUUUCCGGGAGUACCUGAUGGGUGGAGGCCUGGUUCCAGUCAGCAAGUCAUGCCUUGUCCACCUUCUGUCCAAGAAGGGCACAGGAAACGCAGUGGUAAUAGUGAUAGGUGGCGCUGCAGAGUCUCUGGCCUCCCGUCCUGGAGAACAGACAGUCCUGCUGAAGCAGAGAAAAGGCUUUGUUAGGAUGGCGCUUGAGUUUGGGGCUGACCUGGUGCCCGUUUACUCCUUCGGGGAAACUGAGCUCUUCCAUCAGAUCAUCUUCGCAGAGGGUACACUUGGUCGGAGAUUACAGGACCUGUUUAAAAGAAUUGUGGGUUUUGCCCCUUGCUUGUUUGUCGGUGAGCGCUGGGCAGUGCUGCCCUACAGGACUCCCAUCACCACAGUGGUGGGAAGUCCCAUCUCCAUGCCUCAGCGUGCCACACCCACAGAGGAGGAGGUGGACCACUAUCAUCAACUUUACAUGGACGCCCUGUCACGGUUAUUCCACGACCACAAAGUCAGGUGUGGACUUUCAGAGAGUCACAAGCUUUGUUUUAUUUAGAGGUUUCACUUGUUUGGGCCCUCAAUGGACUAUAACUGGUCAUUAUGUGGGUGUGUUGUGUAGAAUUUAUAAAACUAGACAUUAUCGCUUCAAAAUCCCUUCAAGAAACGUGAGAACUUAACAAUGACGGCAACAACUACAUCAGAUGGGCCAUUUCUGUCAGUGUUUUAUAAACAUACUGGAGUUGACGGCAAUAAUUCAACUUGAUGCUCACAAUGUGUUUCAGUGUAUGAAGGAAAUCAAACAAACGUAAUUGGUUGUUUCUCACUAUAGAUUUGUUAAAGAAAGUACCACAGUUUAUUUUUUCUACAUCUAAUAUAUUCUUCACUUUUUAAAAAUAGCUAACUGGAACAACUCAGUGUAAUUCAAAGCUUCGCCCAGUAGAGGGCACCAUGUCUUCACAUACUGCGUCUAGACUAGAUAUAAGAAAAACACAUAAUGCACUCCAGCACCAUAUUAAAAUAAAUGUGUGUGAGUGUACAUUAACAGUAUUGUGACGUUGAUUGAUGUUUUGUCUUUGUGGCACACCUCAAGUAUCUGUGCAGAUUAAAUAUUAUAG